AUGCCUCCUGAUCAGUUUCACUAUCAAAAAGCGUUGAAUAUGGAAGUUGCUGAUGAAAUUCAGGUGAUUUCACUUUGUUGUACAGAAAAAAAAGGGGGAAGAAGAAUGGAUGGCGUUGAUCGGUUCCGGCGACGGAGAACCCUCCAAGAGCGGCUAGGAGUAGGACUAGUUUGUUGUGGGUCCACUUGGGACAUCGAACCAUCUACCAUGAGCAUCAGAGACGGCGAGGACGAUGAAGAAGACGACGAGGCCAGCGUCGGCGAUGAUCCAGUUGACCUACCAAAUCAGCUAACAGAUGAAAUUCAAACCCCACCGGAGUCGAAUUCAAAUCCUGACUGCGUUCUACCGUCGCCACGUAUGAGUCUCGCCGACGUGUUGGAAGCCGAACGGCAGUCUCGACCUACCACCGUGGCAGCUGAUGGUGGCGACUCGUUGACUUCAGGCAAUGAUAACGACGUUAGGCUGACAACAACCAUACCGGUGACGCCGGCGAGGGUGUCGUUGAUGAGAUUACUUGAGGAAACGGACGAUCACGAUGAAAAGGAAGGAGGGGGGAUGGAUCCUGUGUGUUGCGUGUGUAUGAGAAGGAAGAAGGGUGCAGCAUUCAUACCGUGUGGACACACAUUUUGUAGGGUGUGUUCGAGGGAGUUAUGGUUGAAUCGAGGUUCGUGUCCACUUUGUAACCGUUCGAUUCUCGAAAUCCUUGACAUAUAUUAAACUCAAAUUUCAAUCUUAUGCUCGGAUAUUAUCGAUGGUUUGUAUCAUAUUCAUGGUUUAUUACAAAAUUGGUGGAUAUAACAUUAAUACGAAUUUCUAAAAGGUCCUCUACGAAAUAAUCAAAAUGAUACAAAAUGUAUCGUUUUGUCAUUUUGCAGUGGUCCUGUGAAAUAAGAAAUUUCGGGUUAAGGUUAAUGGCCAAAAAUGUUGUUAGAAU